UUAAAUUUAGUGCGCUGGAUGUGGCGCUGUGGAUAUUUCUGAAAUUAAGAUGUUUUUCUUUAUCUUUUUAUCGUUAUGGCAGCACGCUUCAGCACGACUGAAUAUUGUCACACUAACGGCUACACGCAACUGGGGCUCCGGUGCCGAACAAAUGAUCUCUACCUUCGAAAUCGCCGCGGAACAUAUGGCCGAAAAGUACCCGGUAUUGUACGCAAAUUAUACGAAAACCGAUCUCAUGUGGGAAUUAAACGGACCAAAUAUAUGCAAAGCGGAAGGUGAUUGGCUGGUGCCAAUUAGGCUAGCUGAAUGGUAUGGCGCCAAUAAGUUCAGUGAUGAGAACGGUGUUACCAUUAUUGCCACUUCAGUUUGCAAUUGGGCGUUACCAGAUGUUUUCGACUUUGCCAGAGAACUGGAUCUCAUGAUUGUUCCAUGCGCGGCGGGUGUGGCUAUUAAUAGGCAGCGUUCGCCGAAUUCCGUCGCGAUGGCUGCAGCCUCCUACAUCAUUUUUGGCGCCGCUAUUGGGAAGAUCAUGGAUAAGUACAACUGGCGCUACUUAGCAAUUAUCAGUGAUAAUCUAACAAGACUUCAAGAAGCCGGUCGGAGUAUAUCCGAAUGCGAUGGAAUGUUCAUUGACCUACGUAAACGGGCCAUGGAGAUCCAGCAAAAAGUCUUCGCAGUUGACUCGACAGAUCCGGGGUUUUCCUUCAAAAACUCGUUGCAAGAAGCAGCGGAAUAUAGCCGAAUCAUCAUGUGCUGCACGCUCUUUGAAUCGAUGAGAAAAUUACUGGCGGAUGCGUAUGACUUGGGGAUGACCAACGGGGAUUUCGUAUUUAUGAUGUUAUAUGAAGGAGAAAUCCCAAAAGAGCCACCGAUUGAUGACUGGAAUAAGGAAGGUGAACAUGAUGUUAACGAAAAAGUCUAUCAAGCACUGGACAAUGUGCUUAACUUUCGCACACCCCAUGCCGAUUGGAAAAGGUUUAAUGAAACGUCAUGGAAAGUGAACAAAAGACGGGAAGCGAAAUUUGGCACUCCGUUUAACGAAAGUUUAAUCGUAAAUGAUUUUAUCUUCCAAUGCCACGAGGCAAUAGAAAUGGCUUCUCUGGCUAUCAAUGAAACUCUGAUGGACAUGAACAUCACAACAACGGAGGCUCUUGGUCGACAUCUACCGGUAGCCGAUAUGAUCCGUCGAAUUUCUAAUCGGACCCACGAACUCAUGUUCGAAAAUGUAACCGUAACACCGGCCAGUGACAAGGAGCCCAUCAUUUGGAUUCAGCAAUUCGACCGCGCAGUAAACCAGGCAGUGACGGUUCUACAUUACGACUAUCGAACCGAAAGCUACCCACUGGUCGAUCCCAAUCGACCCGUUAAAUGGCGCCUCGGACAUGUGCCACCUGAUCGGCCGCCCUGCGGUCUGCAUGGAGAAAAGUGCAUAAGUGGGCUCAGCAUAGGGUUAAUUGUGGGCGUCGUUACGGCGGUUGUACUUUUGACGGUUGUUGGAUUGGUUGCCUUCACUAUUUGGAAUGGUCAGCGGAAGACUAAUAUUAAGCAAACAUGGUGGAUUGUUCAUCCGACCGAUGUGGAGCAGGCCGGCAGCAUCCUCAAAGCUUCCACAGGAAAAACCAGCAUGUCGCAGAUUUCGGCAUCUACCAGACAAGGGGGUGAGAACUUUCAGCGACGUGUCGUCAUGGUGCGGGGUGUCCAGGCGGUCAAGACGCCACUCUGGUGGAACGCGCACGGUCACAAACAGCCAAGUGUCAACAGCGCCUUCAUUAACUUUCUCAACUCCAUCCGUAAACUGGAUGCACCGCAAAUUAACAAGCUUCUCGGCCUGGACAUAACCGAACUUCCGCCGGCACUGUACUACGAAUGGUGCAAACGCGGAUCGUUGGAAGAUCUGCUGCAAGCACAAGACCCGGACUGGACGCUUAAACUGUCUCUUCUACAAGAUAUGAUUCAAGGAUUACGUUACAUCCAUACAUCCGGAAUUCGAUUACACGGUAAUCUCCGCCCCACCAAGUGCCUUCUAGAUAGCCAACUGAGUCUGAAGAUCUCCGACUAUGGCCAUCAGAUUAUCAGCCGUCUCCUGUCAGGAUCGACGCUGCAGGCCAUCCAGGACUCGCGUCCCUUCUUCCCACUGCACUCCUGGAUGGCGCCGGAAGUUAUGCGCGGGCAAACGGUUCUGCAGGCCAGUGAUGUUUACGCAAUGGGAAUCAUUGUGCAGCAGAUUCUCAUGGGUUACCAAUCGUUUAAUGCGUAUGCAUUUGGAAGCACUGAGGACCUGUUAGCCGAUGAUGCGGAUUAUACUCCACCUCGACCAGAGUUCUCUGAAGUUUUGCGAAACGGAUCACUGUCGGCCUUCAUUACAAUAAUACAGCGCUGCUGGCAGGAAGACCCGACUGCACGCCCAACUAUGCUGGAUGUACAGAAAGUCUUUGCGGCGGUCACGGUUUCGGAAGGAUUAAAAGGAACGUUGAUUGAGAGGGUCCUGAAGCGGUUGGAGAAGUACAAUGCCAUACUGGAGAAGCAAGUUUUCGAAAAAACGGUUCAACUGCAACUUGAACAGCAACGGGCGGAUGAUCUUCUUAGAGAAAUGCUUCCAGAAGAAAUUGUGAGGAAACUUCGAUCUGGCAUCACUCCUGACCCGGAAUACGUGGACGAAGUCAGUGUCCUUUUCAGUGAUAUUACAGGAUUCACUGAUUUCAUCGCCGGAUGUCCACCGGAUGAGGCGCUACAUUUCCUUCACAACACUUACACGCACUUUGAUAAGGUCAUCGCUCACGUUUCAGUCUACAAACUGGAAACCAUCGGAAGCAGCUACGUGGCGGUUAGCGGUUUAGUGGAGCGGAUCGGCAGUCGGCAUGCCCAUGAAAUAUGUCGCUUGGCGGUUUUAUUACGGGAGGAAUUCUAUCGAGUCAUCGACGAUUCUCGACUGGGACUGCUGGUGGGACUGCACAGUGGGCCAGUGGCGGUGGGCGUGGUUGGGCUGAAACGACCGCGUUACUGCCUGUUUGGAGAUACGGUCAACACCGCCUCUCGAAUGGAAAGCAAUGGACUUCCUGGAAAAAUCCAUGUUAGUCCAGAUGUGGUUCCUAUUGCCGAACAGUUUGGACAUAACUUCGAGAUUCGUGGCAAAAUGGAAAUCAAGGGGAAAGGACAGAUUACCACCUACUGGUUGAACGACUAGCACCCGUUCGCACUCACCCACAGGAAAUGCUGACAGAAGCACUCACCCGCAAGAAAUGUUGGCAGAAGUUCUCUGGUAUAAUUGAUUAAAACGUUAUUUAUAUACACAAGGUUUUAUUAUUUGCAUGGCUACUCGUACGAUAAAGCCUUAAUUUUGGAGAAAACAGCAUUCUUGGAAAUUACGUAGACGCUCCUUUUGACUUUUUGCGCUGAAGUUUUCGUUUUAUCUUCUAUUCCGUACAUUUUACCUUGGAUUCGAUAAACAGAAUAUGCAACAACUAACAAGGACUGAUUACGGCGGCUGAGCAGUUUUGUUCUGUACACCAGGUUUCUUGAAAUUCGAAAGAAACAGAACAUCGGAGAAAUAUUAAUCGUAAUGUCCAUAGAAAAUAAGAAAUCAAAUUAGUUUUUCCCAUUCAUCGAGAAUAGUCAGCUUAAACGCUAAACAUAUUAUUUAUAACUUGUAAGUACCCCAUUAGCGCCUGUCGGCAUUCAAAAUUAAUGUUCCAAGCGAAAGAUCAAAGAAGAUAAUAA